GCAGGGGUCCUCAUGAUGUAAACACGGGUCCUCCCACUAAAGAUGGAGUCGAGCUACACAAUGGUAACCUGAGAGAGGACUCCGCUAUAAUCCAUUAAAGAUGAAAAUACCGAAGAGAAAGCUCUUCCUGCUCAUCAUUUUCGCCUACGUGGCCUUCUCCCUCUACGCCGCCUACAAUGUCUUCUUCAGCACCAAGGUGAUCUCCCGCGUUCACCGGGUGGUGAAGAAGGAGACCGGAGCGCCCAACGGUGGAGGCAGAGAUGGCGGAGCCGCUCCUCCGUUCGUAGCGGAUGAGUGGAACCCGUGGGAGGAUGAACAGGUGGAGUACAACUCAGCCCUGAACAAGAAGAGAGAGGCCUUCAAACAGCACCUCAGCCGGAUCGAUAAGAACAAACCUAAAAGAUAUAAGGUCCAAAUCUGGGGCAAAGCUGCCAUAGGGCUUUAUCUCUGGGAACAUAUUUUAGAGGGACCUCUCAACCCCACUGACAAGGUGGCACAGUGGAGGGAGGGGGAGCUGCAGGCGGGAAAGAUCGAUUUCAGCUUCUACACAGGUCCUGCCGUGGUCCAGGGUCAUGUCCCUCUGGACAUGAACAGUCUGGUUCUGGUUCUGAACGGCCGCGAGCAGCAGAAGGUGUCGUACUCCACCCGCUGGCUGGAGCAUGUCCAAGCUCUGGUGCAGUCCCACACGGUGUCACACGUGGCUGUGGUGCUGCUGGGUAAUGAACACUGCAAUAACGGCUGGAUCGGCCCGUACUUGAAGAGGAACGGUGGGUUUGUGGAUCUGCUGUUUGUGGUCUACGACAGUCCCUGGGUCAAUGACAAGGACGUAUUCCAGUGGCCUCUAGGGGUCGCCACGUAUAGACAGUUUCCAAUGAUCAGGCCUAACGCUCAGCUCAUCACCUCCAACAGGCCAUACCUCUGUAAUUUUCUAGGAACUGUUUACAAAAACUCGUCCAGGGAAACUCUCAUGCAGGUGCUGAAACAAUCAGGUCUGGAAAAAGACUGCAUCACCACUGCCAGGGAGAAGUGGCUCCCUCAGGAGACCGCCGACAGUCUGAGGAGUUACCAGUCAGCCUUGGCUCAGAGCGAGCUCACCCUCUGCCCGGUGGGCAUCAACACGGAGUGCUACCGGAUCUACGAGGCGUGCUCGUACGGCUCUGUGCCUGUGGUCGAAGACGUCCUCACGCCCGGGACGUGCGCGGCGGGGCCCAGCUCCCCUCUGCGCCUGCUCAAAGCUGCGGGGGCGCCCUUCAUCUUCAUCAGUGACUGGAAAGAACUGCCCGCCAUCUUGGAGAGGGAGCGAGGGAUGAGCCAGGAGCAGAGGGUGGACCGCCGGAGGAGGCUGCUGGAGUGGUACGCCGGUUUCCGUCAGCAGAUGAAGGAGCGCUUCACCGAGGUCAUCGAGGAGACGUUCUUUAAGAACGUGUGAGCGCGGUGCUCCACGAACAGACCUUUAAAUAGAAGAGGAGUAGAUGUUUGUGCUGAUUUAAGUUAUUGUGUGGAGAACUGUAGUAAACAUGGUUCUAUUCAGUGUCAUAUUCCUGUGGAGGUGAAUAUAAAACACUAAUUCUGUCUGUAGUGACGUUCUAAAGCUGCUGUACGUCGUCUUUUAAGGGUUAAUGUAUAUUUAUCAUCUUAAUGUUUACAAUGGUGGAAUGUGCCGGUGUUUUAGAAACGAUAAACUGCCUUUACAUUUUUAAGUAUUACUCAUUCAGCCGUGUUUUAUAUCUCUGUUUGCACUUAAAAUACUGGUUUGAAAACACUGAACGUACAGUAUGUUGUUGAUGAGAUGUUAUUUAAGGCCUUGUGUGAAAAUGGUGAGUAGAGAUGUUUUUGUUCUGUGAGCAGCUUCAUCAUGAAUGUUGUUUCUGUGGCAUGAUAAACGACCAAAAACAUCAAAACGGUAUCUUUUUAUGUUCAUUCUGUGAUGCAUGGGUAAUUUUCUCUGAAGAAAGUGCAAUAAAAACGUCUGAGUGUUGUCCUAAAGAAAAUAACUGCAUCUACUGAAAUGUUUGAUUUCCCCAGCAGGUGGCGCCAUGUACCUGUUCAUUUACUGAGCAGAUGAGGCUCCACAUUAGAGAAAAAGCUGUCUGCAGUUUAUUAAGAGGAAAGGGGAAAAAAACUUUGGACUUGAAGAAACAACAAAAAACAACAACAGUAAUUUAUAACAAAAAAUGAUUCCAAAGUUUGAUUUUAGUAUUUAUAAAAAGAGGCAGGAUGAGGCAUUAAAAACUACAGUCAUAGAGCUUAUAGUAGAAUAUCAUGGUAAUUAUUGUAAAUAUCAAAGAUUAUAGACUGUAGGUGCUCUUUAUGUAAAGUGUCUUUAGAUGAGUUCUGUUUUAAUUGGCAUCAUACUAAUAAAGAUUGAUGAAUUGAU